AUGACAGAAGACGAAGCUGCCGCGCGCACAACCACUGGCGCAAAGCUAAGGGCAAAGGGCCAAGUCCGCGAUGCCGCCAAUAAGGCGCUUGAUGGCUACGAUGUCGACAUUAUCAGGAGUGGCGCCCUUAAACAAACGAGAGGAUAUGUGCCAUGGCAAGAGCACAUCAUGAACUUGAGUGGCUCCACGAAAACCCGGGCACCCUGCGGAUUUGUGAUGUUCUACCCCAAAGACAAAGAUUCCGAAUGUUUAUCCUUCAAAGAAAGACUGGAGGAAUUCAUUUCUUACGGGUUUCAUCGGCAUCUGGGAGCAGUGAAGGAGCCGGUGAUGAACGGGUUCAAGGUCCAUGAAAUGCAAUACGAUAACUCAGAAUCCCUGGAGCACCGGUUCGCGGCUAUGAGGGAUGCGGGCGACAUCCCAACCGGUUUGCGACGCGACGCGUUUCUCUAUGUCGACGAUGAAGCGCUGAACUCCCUGUCUUCUGCUAGACCGUUUGUGUGGUUAUGGGAGCCACAAGAGACGAAAGAGAUAGAGGAACGUCUUGGGCCACUCAAGGUGGAUAUUAAGCACGUAGCACCACUCCUACUCAUGCGAUUGACACAGCGGGAUAUGUCGCUUACAAAGCGCCAGCUAAAGCUAUGGAGUCUGGAGCCAGAGUUGGGAAACUUGCACAAGGAUGCGUCCAAGUCAAAGGAGAAUGGUCACCAUGAUAGAAUCUGGCCUCCCCGGAGGCUGGCUAUGUAA